UCCAUUUACACUUUCAUAAAGUUUAUUUGCGUGCCUCUGUUCAACCAACCAUCUGUCCAACGUUCUUGUGUCAUUCGCCUUUUCUGCUAUCCUCUUAUCAGUAUUCAGUCAUGGAUUUCUCACAGCUUAACUCUGCUGAACAGGCCCAAAUGACCAAAAUCAUCGAGAAAAAACAGAUGCAAGACUUUCUACGUCUAUACUCAGGCCUCGUGGAAAGAUGCUUUAGUUCGUGCUGUAAUGACUUCACAAGCAAAGCAUUGUCUUCGAAAGAAGAGCAAUGCGUUAUGAAUUGCGCGGACAAAUUUUUGAAGCACUCUGAGCGGGUAGGGCAGCGAUUUGCCGAGUUGAAUGCAGAUGCCAUGGGUCCCAAGCCAUGAGAAUUAACCGUGCAAUUUAAUCCGUGUGCUAUGUGCUUUCAAGGUGCUAUCAUAAUUUCAUCUUUUCAUGUUUGAUUAGUAUGGCGACUUUGUCGCGAUCAUCCCUAAAUCCAACGUGCUUGGUUUUUUAUUAUAAAACGGACCUAUUGACUUUGACCUGUGGCGCUUGUUCACGACGAUAGUCCCAACUACUAUCUAUGUUUCCACAAGGCGCUCUAUAGUUUCCUCGGAAUUUGGCUUUUCGUCUCGUCCAGAUGUUGCGUUCAUUCCUGUUAUUUGCGUCGACGCGAUGAGCAGCGUUGUGGGAAUGUUAUUUCAGUCUCUCAUGCACA